GGUACAAUGUGCAGUGAAAAUCCUUUUGUUCCUGCUACCAAAAAACAGGUAAGUAAAAUAGAAAGAGUAAAAUUACAUAUUAUGAAAUAGAAACCUUAUAAUAACAAUAAUAAGAGCUACGAGUUAACAUUAACGGAGCUCCGAGUGCUGCGAGCCUCUGAUGUGAACGCUGGUCUGAGCUCAGGUUAUCGGGGUCCGUUUUGACCCCUAAACUGACAGAGAAGUAAGUGAGUCUUUUGUGCUAAUGUUAACGAGUUUCAUACUACACACGCAGUUUACAAAAUUUGAGAUGUUAUGUAAUGCUGUGUGUCUGUGGGACUGUAUUGUCUAUUUAAAUAGUCACGUAAAUGUGACAAAGGGUUUUAGAGAUGCAUCUGAUCUGUGGGUGUCUCUGAUGGGAACUGGGACAUCUUUACUGGAAUCAUCAAAGCUUAACCCACGUCCACAAUGGAAUUUCACAGUUUCCCUCACAGUAUUUGAAGUAGUAGCUCAGCCAAGCACAAAAUCCAGUGACACUGUUUCCUAACUAUAAAGUGUCCCUUAUUUUUUUCAAAACAGCUUUCUCUACCAACUGGCUUGAUAAAUGUAUGAAAUUAAAAAUUGCCACAUGUCUUCCACAGUAGCCUUGUUUUCAUCUCUAUCAGAAUACUAAAUAUAUCUGGUAAGCGGGAUCUGUUACUGGAUCCCAAAUUAGAGCCUGUGUGUAGAGUUGCAGAUGAAACCUUCUAGGCCCUCACACACUAAAAACUGCCCGAGACUCUUGUAUAACAAAACACAGAGGACUGUUCCGAAUGACGAAACAGGCACCGAACAUUUACCCGACCAAUGAGAAGAAAACCUCAUAUCAACAGUCCCCCAAACUGAUGCAGGAGGCGUCACAUGACUCGGCCCGUGUAGAAGAAGCGGCUCAUCGCAGUAGAAGAUAUUUUCUGUUACCGUGUGCACUUAGAAUGAUCUGAGUGAAUCGCAUACUACGAUGGAGUGCUUUGUCUAACAGGAACUGGAGUUGACUGGGAAGGAAAAUCUAACAGCUAAGAGUCUCUUCUGCAGCACGCCGGCCUGCAUGACCCCGUGGAAACUGAACUGGAACUGAUGACUGGACCUCUGGGUGUUUUAAUUGCGCCCUCGUUUCUGCUGGAGUCUCGCUCACCCUGCAUCAGAGAUAUUUAUAAUCUGAACAUGCUGGAGUUAUGACAUCACCCGGCACUGCUGAGCAUGACAAGCAUUUGGGGAAGCAUGCAAACCGUUCUGUCAUGGGCACGAUGGGUUGUCGCAAGACUUGCAAGGUGGAGAAACUCCUGAAACAGUGUCAGAGGGAGGUGGUGUGGAGCCAGAGACAAAGGUCAGCCACGGCGAAGAAGAGCAGCCGGAUGAGAGGCGCCGAUAAGUUGAGAAAUGACGUUUUGCCCGUCCAGCUCCCAGGGGUGCAGCAUUUGGACAGCUUUUAUCUUCUAGAGGACAACAGCCGAGCUCUGAGACUCGGCCCGGAGACCCUGAGUCACCAAAGGCUAAAGCAGAAGUUACUGGAGACAGAGAUCAGCACCAGAAGGAAGGAGUGUGAAGCACUUGAGGCAGAGGUGAAGAAGAAGAAUCAAACAUGUCAGACUUUGGAGAAUGAGCUUCAAGAUUUCCUUCAGGAGAACAAGCACUUGAACCUCCAGCUGUUCAACAAUAGCCACAAGAAUUCCGAGUAUGAGAAGGUGAAGUCUGAGUAUGCCAAGCUCAAAGAGACCCUUGGUGCUGUGACGCAGGAGAGAGAUUUAGCCCUGUGGGAGAGGAACCAGCUCCAAGACAAACUGGAGAACCUAGAGCAGGUGCUCAAGCAUAUGCGCGAGGCUGCGGAGCGGAGGCAGCAGCUAGAGUUGGAGCAUGAGCAGGCCUUGGCUGUACUCAAUGCAAAGCAGCAGGAGAUUGACCUUCUUCAGAAGGCUCAGGUUGAGGCUAAAAAGGAACAUGAAGGCGCUGUCCAUCUGUUAGAGAACCACUUGGACAGCAUGCAGGCCAAAGUUCGCGAGCUGGAGGAAAAAUGUCGGACUCAGAGUGAGCAGUUCAACCUCCUGUCAAAAGAGCUGGAGAAGUUCCGGCUCCAGGCUGGGAAGUUUGAUAUCCUCAGCACUGAACCCUUGACUUUAUGUGAAUCUCCUGGCUCACCCAACAAAUCCCUGUCGCAGCUCCUUAAUGGACUGGCUGCCCCCAUAGGAAAAGGCGAUGAGGCUCCAACCAGCAGAUCUUUGAUAUCCGAGUUCAUUCGACCGCUGCAGAUCAGUGGAGACAAGCCGGAGCUCCUCUCCGUCAAGCCAACAUUCCUCAGUCGCAGUCGAGCCCGCAGCCCAGCUCGGGCUUUCCUGUCUGAGAUGGACAAAGAGCUCAGCACAACUACCAGGUCCAAACCGAGGUUCACAGGGAAGGUCCGUCUGUGCGUUGCUCGUUACAGUUACAAUCCUUAUGACGGGCCUAAUGAGCAUCCUGAGGCAGAGCUCCCCCUGGUGGCAGGGAAGUACCUCUAUGUGUACGGGACGAUGGACGAGGACGGCUUUUACGAAGGAGAGCUGCUGGAUGGACAGCGGGGACUCGUCCCAUCUAAUUUUGUGGAUUUUGUGCAAGAUGAGGGGACACCCUCUGUCCAACACAGGGACACAGUAGCUAAAGAACCUGGCUACCUCAACCACAGUAGCCUGGGGCCUCAGAGACUGGGGGUCGGCACAGGAACAGGCAUAAGCAGCCUGCUGUCUGACAGUAAGCUAGACUGUCUAAGCACCAGCAGCUUGGGCAUGGACCUCCUGGGCUCCUCCAGCAACGGGACGGGAACCUUGGAUGUCAGCAUUGACGAAGUCGGUGAAGACAUUGUGCCUUAUCCCCGCCGCAUCAACCUGAUUAAACAACUUGCCAAGAGUGUGAUUAUUGGCUGGGAUCCUCCCGUGGUCCCACCUGGCUGGGGCUCCAUCAGCGGAUACAAUGUCUUGGUGGAUAAGGAGUUACGCAUGAGUGUCCCCUACGGGGGCAGGACAAAGUCUCUUAUUGAAAAGCUCAAUCUGGCCACCAACACCUACCGCAUUUCUGUGCAGAGCAUCACUGAGCGCGGCCCGUCAGACGAGCUGCGAUGCACUAUGCUGGUGGGGAAGGACGUGGUGGUAGCACCUUACUACCUGCGGGUGGACAGCAUCACGCAGGGCUCCGCUGAGCUCUCGUGGAUGCCCAGCAACAGCAACUACAGUCACACCAUCUUCCUCAAUGGCGCAGAGUACGACAUGGUCAAGGCAGGGGGCUACAAGUACAAAUUCUUCAACUUGAAGCCCAUGACGGUUUACAAGGUGAAGGUUGUGGCGCAGCCGCAUCAGGUGCCUUGGCAGCUUCCCAUGGAUCAAAGGGAGAAGAGGGAAAUCUCUGUGGAGUUCUGCACUCAGCCAGCAGGGCCCCCUCUCCCUCCCCAGGAGGUGCAGGUCCAGUGCGGUCAGACGCCCGGGGUCCUGCAGGUCAGAUGGAAGCCGCCGCCGCUGACAUCUUCAGGAACCUCCAACGGGGCCAGCGUGAUUGGCUAUGCCGUGUGCACAAAGGGACAGAAGAUAGCAGAGGUCUUAUACCCCACAGCAGACUAUGUGACCGUGGACUUGAACAGGAUUCAGUGUCUGGAGGCCAGGGAAGUCAUUGUAAGGACGUUAUCAACACAAGGAGAGUCCCAGGACUCGCCCGUGGCCGUCAUCCCGCACACUCUCUUGGGCUCUCCACGCCUCUCGCACCGAACCACUGCGCCUCCCCACCCUGUCCCCCACCCGCAGUCCCAUCCAGUACACUCACAAACCCAUCCUCCUUACCCGUCCACGUACCCCCCAAAUCACCCUCAGCCCCAGGUGCAACCUCUGCCUCGACCCCAGCCCCACACGUUGCCCCACGCACAGCCGCAUUCGCAGCCUGCCCACCAUCAACCUCCCCAUCCCUCAUCCCAGCCUCACUUCCAGCGCCACCCCAUGCCCAAGUCCAAACCCUUAGUAAGUGCCAGAGAGCCAGAAACCAAAGAGCAUGAGGUGGGCCUGCGAUCAGCCCAGCCCUGGGAGCGAUCCCCCUCUCCACUGCCUCCCAUGCGUGGACCCAACCUGGAGCCUCCGCACUUCCAGCCACGGCGAUCGCCCUCCCCUCAGAGGAUCCUGCCGCAGCCUCAGGGAGUCCCUAUCCCCAACACCAUCGCCAAGGCCAUGGCCAGGGAAGCUGCCCAGAGAGUGUUUGCCGAGGGCAACCGGGUUGAGAAAAGGAACAUCUUUAGUGAGCGAGGCAACGCCUUGCAGCCGCUCAACUCUGACGAGGAGGAGGAUGGCUACGACUCUCCUCAUGCGAGGAGGAGAGGAGCCUCGGUGGACGAAUUCCUCAGAGGCUCAGAGUUGGGCAGACAGCACCAUCAUCACCACUACAGCCACAGUGAGGAGUACCACACAGAGAGCAGCCGGGGUUCUGACCUGUCCGACAUCAUGGAGGAGGACGAGGAAGAUCUUUACUCUGAGAUGCAACUGGAGGAGGGCCGCAGGCGCAGUAUCAACUCUCACAACACUCUAAAGAUCAUUGGGAACUCACCGUCGCACGGAAGCGCUGAUCGUCUCGACCACUCAGGGAGGAGGCUGGUUCACAUCGGCACCCCCCCUCAGCAGCGGCCCAUCCCGUCCAUUGAGAUCACCAUGGACAGUAACAGUGAGGGGAGUGAGGGGAACCUCUCACCCGUCAAGGAGGAUGUUUACUAUGGCAGUGUAGCUCGGCGCAGGAUAUGGCGAUCUAUGUCCUCAGAGGAUCAAUAUGACGGCUAUGGCGGGCGCAGGCACGGGCGGGGACGGCGCUCCCUGGAUUACUAUGACGAAUCAGAGCCGGAGGAGCUGACCCGCGUGUUUGUGGCUCUGUUUGACUACGACCCCAUGUCCAUGUCGCCCAACCCUGAUGCUGCUGACGAGGAGCUGCCGUUCAAGGAGGGCCAGAUCAUCAAGGUGUUUGGGAAUAAGGACACGGAUGGCUUCUACAGGGCAGAGAUCCGAGACCGAGUGGGUCUGAUCCCCUGCAACAUGGUCUCUGAGAUCCAAACGGAGGACGACGAUAUGAUGGACCAGCUCCUCAAACAGGGUUUCCUGCCUCUCAACACUCCUGUGGAGAAGUUAGUGAACUGUGAUCGUUUCAAAGAUGGCCGCUCAAUAAAUCGCAGGUCCAGAAAGUCCAAGAGAGAGAGGAACAGGCGGAGCGGCCGUCAACAUCCGAUGUCAACACGGAGAAUGGUGGCUCUGUACGACUACGACCCCCGAGAGAGCUCCCCUAACGUUGAUGUAGAGGCCGAACUGACUUUCUGUGCCGGUGACGUCAUCACAGUUUUUGGCGAAAUAGAUGAAGACGGCUUUUACUACGGCGAGCUCAACGGACACAAGGGACUCGUUCCCUCCAACUUUCUAGAAGAAGUGCCUGAUGAUGUCGAGGUUUUUCUCACCGACUCACCAUCUCGUUACGCCCAGGACACUCCAGCACGGAUAAAGACCAAAAGGGUACAUGCUCCUUCGCAGUACUAGCCCUGUGUCAUCCAUUUACUCUUUUCAGUUCCCUCUAUUAUCCCCUUUAGUUUCGCGUCUGUGCGUGUGUGUGUGUGUGUGCGUGUGUGUGCGCCUCAUUGAAGUACAAUGGGAUUUCUGACUUUGGAGCAAUUACACUGUAAAUAAAUAGAUGUCUAAGACCUUUAUGAAAAAAUAAAACUUUAAGACUAAUACUUGACAGAGGUACUUUUAUUUUUCAUGUUUACUGCUGUGAAGGGGGGAGGGUUCUGCGUUGUACAAUACAUGAAUAUACUGUAUUCAUAAAGCAUUCUCAUUGGCCAAAACGGAGGGGUGGUGGGACGCGUGGGGACUUUUUACUCGUUCGGUCAUGUCUGGAAAAACAUUAACACUUUUUUGCACAUGCAUACUUAGCGUUCUAACAAAGAUGCUUUAUGAAUAUAUUCUGUGGUUGAUCUCCAAUAAUUUCUAAUAGAGUAAAUAGUUUUGUUGUACUGAAAGAUGAACUAUGUAGUCUGUAGCUCAGCAUGUCCUAUAGUCCAGAUGCAUGAAUACCUGAACAUUUUAUAUCAAGAUUAAGUCUAGUGUAGUACGACUUUUGUAUCUGCUCCUGAACGCCUUGUUUUGUACAUUGCUUUCUUGUAAAGUAGCACGCAGAGGUCACUUAGCCUAUGUUGCCAUCAGAGGAUAAUUUCAGAAGUAAUUAUUUACUAAAUGUAAAUAUGUGAUGUUAUUUUUGUGUUUAACAAAUAAUGCAAUUGUUGAAAUAUUAAUAGUUGUCAUCAGAUGUUUCUUUGCCUGUGUUCUAAUUUGCCAUUGUCAUAGUACAAACUAUUGAAAUGCCAUCACCAUAUUUUUUUUUUUUAUUUCUUUUCCUCACCCGCUUGGCAAAACAGAAGAAGAGUGUUCAUUUCACACCUUAAAGGCUCUGUUUCCGUCACGUAAGUGAGCAACUGAGGAUACCAAGAUUACGCUCCCCUCGUCUAAUGCAGAUGACAUGGGUACCCUUAGUUUCUGGUAUGCAACUCGUGUACUUUAUGACAUUCCUUUAGGUAGUUUUUGUGUCACCAAAACACUCAGUACUGUCUGUUGGUAGGAGGUUGUAACCCUCGCCAAUGCAUUAGACAAGAAAGUAUGGUAUCUUCAGUUGUUUCUCUGAGUGUUGUACAUGAUAAUGUCCGUCUCCUGCAAUAAGUCUCCUGCUGUAACUCAUGGGAAGCUAAAAGGCCGUCAAUUCUCACUAAAUUCAGCUCAAAUUAAUGGUACCAACAUUUAGUCGACUGUCAGCGCAGCCUUCGAACAAAACACAAAAUCCUAUGCAAAAACCCAAAGAAAAGCAUAAGCUUUUUUUUCCUUUUGUUAAAAUGUACGUUGGAUUUUUGCUUGAGCCAAAUUUGGAACCAUUUUCCUUAUAUGCAAGUAACAAACAUAUUCACAAAAUAUAAAAACACUCCAUUUUGGUUUUCAAAUCAGGGCUAAUGCUGUGAACCAAGAUAAACUCGGCUGCCAGCUGAUAUUUAAAGUGAGACUGUGUUAAGAUUAUACAGCACAGAAACUGUACAUCAUAUCAGCUAAAAUGUGUCAAUACUUGAACUUGUGAUGGAGGAAAAUCCUUACUGUGAACUUUAUUCAUUGGGACAACUGAUCUGAUGCUGUUUUGUAGAUGAUUCUCUAAUAAAUAAUACGGCAGUUUCGGUUCAUCUCAGGCUUUGAUUAACUUUGGUUCGUUACAGACAAAAGAGCACUCGGCAAUAGUCCAACCUUUGCUGAGCAGACGUUAGAUCGCUAACCGCUGCUAGCUGUAUUUAGCAAAAAUGCUAAGGGGAAUUUGAACAGUAGUUAAAGUGCUGAGUCAGAAAACCGAUUCACUUUCAGAUUAGAGGAACGUCUGUGGCACAAGGUGGCACCAUGACGACCACCCUGAAAGGCCGUGACGUUGGCUCGUCUUCUGUUUGUCUGCACUCAGAGUGGGCGGGGCUUAAACAGGAAGUGGGUGUGGCUGAGUGUAAGCUGUUAACCAACUGGCCUGAAAUUAAGCGUUGAUCAGAAGUUGCCAUAUUUAUUAUUUAUUAGAUGGCUUUUUUUGGUCAGCUACACGAGGAGGAUUUUUCUUCACCACUACGGACAUUUUUUGGGCGGAUACCUUCGACCGCCGUCAUUUGCAAACCGUCAUCUAACGAGAUAGUG